AUGAUGCGACGCGGAUUGAACUUCGUCCGCAACAGCCGACGGAGCAGCGAAGGUGCUGAAACGACGACGUCCUCUUCGUCCUCCUCCACUAAGGACGACGGCGCGGCAUGGGAGAUGAGACCCGGCGGGAUGCUGGUGCAGAAGCGCUGCGAGGCUUCCUCGAACGACGCGCCCCCGCCCAACCUCCGCCUCCGCGUCGCCCACGGCGCCGUGAGGUACCAGAUCUCGGCGAGCUCGCUCUCGACUUUCGGCGAAUUGAAGAAGCUCCUAGCGGCUGAGACCGGGCUGGAGCCGCGCGAGCAGCGGCUGAUUUUCCGGGGAAAGGAGAGGGAGAACAGCGAGUAUCUGGAUUUCUGCGGUGUGAGGGACAAGUCGAAGGUGGUGCUGGUGGAGGAUCCGGCGAGCAGGGAGCGGCGGAUGGUCGAGAUCCGGCGGAACGCGAAGAUUCAGGCCGUCCAUUGCCUGAUUGACGGCGUGGCUGCGGAGGUGGACAGGCUGGCAGAGCAGGUUGGAGUAAUAGAGAAAUCAAUUGCAAGUGGUAAGAAAGUAGCAGAGCUACAGAUCACAACUUUGAUUGAAAUGCUAAUGAGACAAGCUGUGAAAUUGGAUAGCAUCACAGCUGAUCAAGCUUCAGAUGCAUGUGCAAAGAAGCAUUCACAGGGCGAACUGGUGCGAAAAUGCGUGGAGAAGCUUGACGUUCUCAAGGUGUCGAAUGCCAAGCAGAAGGUACAACCGGUUGUGAGCAGCGAUAAUUGGGAGACCUUCGAACCAUCUAUCGGUUCAAACAAAUGGGAACUCUUUGAUUGA